AUUUUUUGCUGCUACAUCGAUCAUCAUAGUAAUUAUUAUGGGAUGCUUAUUGUAAAUACUAAGGCUGUAGCCUUUUAAUAUAUAUAUCUUCUAGUUAUGUUAAAAAAAAAGUCUAACAAUUACAUAGAGAACAUGUUUUAAAAAAAAAAAACAAUUACAUAGAGAACAAUUAGAUGCAACUCUAAUUUAAAAAAAAUAAAAAUAAAGGUGAAAAUAAAACAAGAAGGAAGAAAAAGAUAAUUUGGUUUGGUUUUGAAGCGCUAAAACUUCACCUUCACCUUUACCCACCCUACUGCCUACUGGAUUGAUCUCACUGCUACUCCAAGGGUAGUAAGCUUGGAAUCAAAUGUAUGGUGAUGGAGUCAACGACGAUGUUGAUAGAACUGCGUUUCGUAGAGCGGAGAAGAAGUAUAAGCUCUAUUAUGAUCAAAACUCGAGAAAGAAGAAGCAGCCGAGACCAGUAGAUUUAUCUGAGGUAGUGGAUUUCAAGUCGAUAAUGGACACUUUCAAUCAAACCGGUGAAACACCAAAUGGGUUUCAUGUAAUUGAGGAGGGGUUUGAUUGUCCUGUUAUUCGUCUUGACAACCGCCCGGGCUUUUAUUUUAUUCCUGGAGCAUUGAGUGUGGAACAACAGUGUCAAUGGAUAAAGGAAAGCUUGAUGAGCUUCCCUCAACCUCCCAAUCGGACAAACCAUAAUGCGCAUUAUGGUCCUAUACAAGAUUUGUUUGCUGCCACUAAAGGAGAGAAAAUCCUAGUUGAAGACGAACAUUCACCAAAAGAAUCAGAGUCAUUGAGCAAUGGACAGGCUCAAAGAUGGAAAUUUUGCGAUAAGAUGGGAAAUGUUUCCUUGAAGGGAUAUGGUGGGAAUUCAAUCUUGGCAUCAGCGCUUCUACGGAAGUUGCGGUGGAGUACACUUGGAUUGCAGUUUGAUUGGUCAAAGCGCAAUUAUGAUGUUUCUCUGCCACAUAACAAGAUUCCAACUGAACUUUGUCAACUGGUUAAGAAGUUGGCUGUGCCUGCUAUGCCUUCUGGGGAUGUUUUCAAGCCAGAAGCUGCUAUUGUGAACUACUUUGCAUCAGGUGACACCCUUGGCGGACACCUUGAUGACAUGGAAUUAGACUGGACUAAACCUAUAGUUAGCAUGAGUUUGGGUUGUAAAGCUAUAUUUCUUCUUGGUGGGAAGUCUAGAGAUGAUGAACCCUUGGCAAUGUUCCUACGAAGUGGUGAUGUUGUGCUGAUGGCUGGAGAAGCUAGGGAAUGUUUUCAUGGGGUGCCCCGCAUCUUUGCUGACAGGGAACACUCUGAAAUUGCAUCCUUGGAAAAGCACCUCUCAACUGAAGACGACCGUUGUGUCUUGGAUUAUAUCACAUCUUCAAGAAUUAAUAUCAACAUCCGACAAGUCUAUUAACUUUUAUCCACUGCCAGAUAUCUUAGUUUGACUGUUUGAACCAUCAACACCCUCGGCUCCUUUUUUGAACGCCACCGAGAUAGCUUACAUUCAACAAGAUCAUAACUGAACCAAAAGUUGCAAUGCUUCGAAAAAUGUCGGGCAAAAACUCGUUCUUCUACAUAAAAACUUCGGAAGUCUUUGUUGUUUCUCUGCAUUGUGGGCAGUGGGCAUACAUAGUGAUGACUUCGGCUUCCUCAAUCUUCAAUGUAUGAAGUAUUAAUAUAGAAUGGGGCAUUUAUCAAGGGCAAAGAAGACGGCCUCCUCUCCAGCGAUUGGACCAAAGGGGUUAUUGGUAUACUAUUUAUACAUUUUUUUUCCCUGUAAUUUUCCUCUUCCGCUAUCCGGUAACUGGACAGAAUCUUCCCUUUUGACGAAGAGUUUGAAAGUAGAGAGCAAUGCUUAUAGGAUAUUAGCACUAGUACCACAAUUUUCUUGUGUUGAUGGUUCCAUAUACAAACUCUUUAGUUAGGAACAUUUUUGAAAUUUAUGCAGGAAAUUGUUAUCUGCUCUCUGUUUUUUUUAAAAAAAUUUUAAAAACUAAUGUUGAGAGUGGGAUUUGAACCCACGCCCUUUCGGACCAGAACCUUAAUCUGGCGCCUUAGACCAACUCGGCC